ACUUCCGGCGUUUUGACUUUCCCUCCUUUUGGUUGGCGACACACCUGAGCCCUGUAAGUUAUUAUUAAUGACCAAGUUUGUUUUUCGCCGUGUUCGUCGACGUUUUGUCGUCAUUAGCCAAUAAAACAACAUUUCAAAGGUGUGAAAAGCCUAAUUGUGGACGUAUUGGACCUUACAAUCAUGAAAAGGGACGGAUGUGCAACUCUCGGACUGCCUGGACCCUUGCCCACCCCAAUCUCACGGCUGUUAGGGCCAUCAGAGUGCAGCUCCUGGGAGUCAUCUGUGAGGCGAUGGAGCAGGAAAUGAGCUCGCCUGGCGGAGGUCGUGCUUGACGAGGCCUCGCUGGCGGCCCCUCGCUACCAAGGAGAGUGCUGCAUGAGGUCACGGCCUGCUGCUCCUGACUUCCCUCGCCAUCCCCGCCGCCUCUCACAAAGUCACCUGUCUUGGUCGCCUUUAAAAGUUCUGGCGCCACUGGACUUACCUUUUUAAAAAUGCAGGCAAUGCCUCAAAGUGAUGUGCUCAUCUUUCUUCCUGAGCAAGGUGCAACGCAAGAUGGAGGAGCAUCCCAUGUGCACAUCUUGUCCACGUAAAUGCCUCUACAAAUUUCAGCGUCUUCUACUAGUCUUCAAAGGAGAUCUCUCCUCAAAAUGUUUCCACAGUCCGGGAAAUCCUUAGUCUUUGACAACUUUCCCGAUCCAACCAACACCUGGGAGAUCAUCGAGACAAUCGGGAAGGGUACCUAUGGCAAAGUCUACAAGGUGCUCAGCAAAGUGGACGGAAGUAAAGCAGCAGUAAAGAUACUGGACCCUAUUCAUGAUAUCGACGAGGAGAUUGAGGCAGAGUAUAACAUCCUUAAAGCUCUUUCGGACCAUGCCAAUGUCGUCAAGUUCUACGGGAUGUUCUACAAGAAGGACAUCAAAUGUGGUGAUCAGUUGUGGCUUGUGCUGGAGCUCUGCAAUGGCGGCUCUGUGACGGACCUGGCUAAAAGCAUGCUAAAGAGGGGGGAGCGGAUGGAUGAAGCCAUAAUUGCCUUCAUCCUGCAUCAAGCCCUCAUGGGUCUCCAGCACCUGCACGUCAACCACACCAUCCACCGGGACGUCAAGGGCAACAACAUCCUGCUGACCACGCAUGGUGGCAUUAAACUGGUGGAUUUUGGUGUUUCAGCCCAGCUGACAAACACCCGCCUGAGGAGGAACACCUCGGUGGGAACACCCUUCUGGAUGGCGCCAGAGGUGAUAGCGUGCGAGCAGCAACUGGACUCUACUUACGAUGCCCGCUGUGACGUCUGGUCCCUGGGCAUCACUGCCAUCGAGCUGGGUGAUGGAGACCCGCCCCUCUCGGAGCUCCAUCCAAUGAGAGCUCUUUUCAAAAUACCCAGAAACCCUCCACCUACUCUCCAGCAGCCUGAGUUGUGGUCCGACGACUUUAACGACUUCAUCAGCCAGUGUUUAAUCAAGGAUUUUGAGCUGAGACCAAAUGUGUUAGACCUCCUCCAGCACAUCUUCAUCAAGCAGACUGUCAGCAGAGAGAAAAUGCUGCAGAAACAACUGAUUGAACUCAUUGAUCUCAACCAGCAGAUAGGAGUCAUUGAGAAGACGAGCCAUCACGGAAAAACAGACAGAAGCCGAGACAGUAAUGACAGGCACGAGCGCAUCCACACCAAAAAAGGAAGCAACGUGAAGACGGAGCUGGAUGAGGGGGAUGACCUCGCCGCCCUGGAAGUUCUAGACGAGGACUCGGUCACUGACCAGCUGCAAGAUCGCUAUGGCCGUGAUCAGAUCUACACCUAUGUGGGCGACAUCCUCAUUGCGGUCAAUCCCUUCCAUCAAAUGCAGAUCUACGCUUCUCAGUAUAGUAAAAUGUAUGUGGAAGCAAAGCGGACAGCCAACCCCCCGCACAUCUUUGCCGUAGCAGACAUUGCUUACCAAUCCAUGGUGUCGUACCACUCAGAUCAGUGCAUUGUGAUCAGUGGCGAGAGCGGAGCGGGGAAAACGGAAAGUGCUCACCUGUUGGUGCAGCAGCUCACCGUUUUGGGGAAGGCCAACAAUCAGUCCCUCCAGGAGAAGAUUCUGCUGGUCAACAGCCUGGUGGAAGCCUUCGGGAACGCCUGUACCGCCAUCAACGACAACUCGAGUCGCUUUGGCAAAUACUUGGAGAUGAAGUUUACCGCUGGAGGAACAGUGGUGGGCGCCCAAAUAUCAGAGUACCUGCUGGAGAAAUCCAGGGUCAUCCACCAGGCUGCAGGGGAGAAGAACUUCCACAUCUUCUAUUACAUCUAUGCAGGCCUAGCUGACAGGAAGAAACUCGCCCACUACAAGCUCUCAGACAGCAAAACUCCAAAGUAUCUGUGUAACGACCACAUUAAGCUGGGGCCCGACAUAGUGAGCAACACCUCCUACAAGGAGCAGUUUGACGUGGUGGAGCAGUGUUUCAAAGUCAUUGGAUUCUCCCUGGAGGAGCUGGGCAGUGUUUACAGCACACUGGCUGCCAUCCUCAACUCAGGUGAUAUCGAGUUUUCCGCGGUGGCUUCCGAGCACCAAACAGACAAGAGCAACAUCGCCAACUUGUCCAUCUUGGAAAACGUGGCUUCCUUGCUGUGCAUCCGCUCCGAUGAGCUUCAGGAAGCCCUGACAUCUCACUGCGUGGUAGCCCGGGGCGAGACCAUCGUCAGGCCCAACACUGUGGAGAAGGCGGCAGAGGUGAGGGACGCCAUGAGCAAGGCUCUCUACGGUCGUCUGUUCAGCUGGAUCGUCAACCGCAUCAACACGCUGCUGCGGCCCGACAGCCACCUCGGAGAGGAUGACAAGGGCUUGAACAUUGGCAUUCUGGACAUUUUUGGGUUUGAGAACUUCAAGAGGAACUCCUUCGAGCAACUAUGCAUUAACAUCGCCAACGAGCAGAUCCAGUUUUACUUCAACCAGCACAUAUUCGCCUGGGAGCAGGAUGAGUAUCUCAACGAGGAGGUGGAUGCUCGCAUGAUUGAGUACGAGGACAACAGACCCCUGCUGGACCUCUUUCUGCAGAAGCCCAUGGGCAUGCUGUCCCUGCUGGAUGAGGAGAGUCGCUUCCCCCAGGCCACCGAUCAGACCCUCGUAGAGAAAUUUGAAGACAACCUGAAGGCCAAAAGCUUCUGGAGGCCAAAAAGGAUUGACCUUGGAUUUGGUAUUCACCACUAUGCUGGAAAGGUGAUCUACAACGCUUUGGGAUUUUUGGCCAAGAAUCGAGACACUCUGUCGGCUGACAUCGUACUCUUGCUCAGGUCAUCGGAAAAUGAACUUGUUCGCAAACUCGUCACCCAUCCUCUCACCAAAACAGGCAACCUUGCCCACACUAAAGGAAAAAGCAUCAACACACUACGCAGCCCACGGACCCCCACACGCUCCAUCACCUUCGCCAAGAUGGGAAUGCUUACUUUAUACAGUUCCUUUAAUUUUACUGAGCCUUCUUGGAUUUUAGAGCUCCCACCUGAAAAAAAAUGCUUUCUCGAUGUGCCUCUCGGUGACACAGUACAAUACCAAAUGCUGGUUGACACAGACACGCCUUACCAUCCUCAAGAAACCACCAACAUGAGAACACAGACGGUAGCAUCCUACUUCCGUUACUCCCUGAUGGAUCUGCUGUCCAAGAUGGUGGCGGGGCAGCCCCACUUUGUGCGCUGUAUCAAACCCAAUAAUGACAGACAAGCCCACAAAUUUGAUCGGGAAAAGGUUCUGGUCCAGCUGCGAUACACUGGCAUUCUGGAGACGGCCAAGAUCCGCCGGCAAGGCUACUCUCACCGCAUCCUGUUUGCUAACUUCCUGAAGAGGUAUCACAUUUUGGCUUUCCAUGCUGACGAUGAGCCAGCUGUGACUCCUGAAGCGUGCACGAUGAUACUGGAAAAAGCCAAGCUAGAGAACUGGGCCAUGGGGAAAACAAAGGUUUUCCUCAAAUACUACCACGUAGAACACCUGAAUCUUAUGGUGCAGCAGGCAAUGCAGCGCAUCAUUCUGCUCCAGUCUUGCGUUAGAGGCUGGCUGGGCUGCAAACGCUACCGUCGGCUGCUGAAGGAGCGAGAGCAGGGCGCCCUGGUGCUGCAGUCAGCAUAUAGAGGUUACAUAGUUCGAAAGAAGAUUUCUAGCGACAAGAAAAAUGUGAAGCUACAAGCCUUCAUGGUCCAGUUUCAAGCCGUCUGCAGGAGCUAUCUUGCAAAAAAGAAGUACAAAAAGAUUGUUGAGGAAAAGCAGAAAGCAGCAACAAGAAUUCAGGCGCACUACCGGGGUCACAAAGAAAGGAAAAGUUUGAAAAGGAAACGAGAAGCUAAGGAGAAAGCUGAAACUGCACUGAAAAAUGAGCCAGGGAAGACCAUCACUCAGAAUGUUUUUCCUGUAUUUGAUGGAAAAGAAGAAGAAUCCAAUGCUGCCGUCGUCCUGCAAAGCAACUUCCGAGGCUACCAGGAUAGGAAGAAGUUUAAGGAGAGAAAAAAGACUAUGGCUGGAGCGGAGCUGGAGCUACCAUUCAUCCUUUUAGAACCUCAAUGUGGACAAGCGCUCAUAAGCAAAGAACACGAAGAGGGUGCUAAGAGUGCGGAGGAUGAGGAUGAAGACAGCACAUACGAAGCCGAGGAGAGCGAAGGUAGUGACCACACGCAGGUGCCAGAAGAUGAGGUGGCAGAUGAGGCGGAGGUUGAGCUUGGGGAAGACGCCUCGCCUGAAGAUUCGAGGGUGUUGGAGAAUGGAGACUCCACAAGUUUGCAAGAAGAGAUCAAAGCUGAUGUCCUAAUUCAGAGUAACUACAGAGGUCAAAAGGAGAGGAAAAGGCUUCGGGAGGAAGUCGAGAUCCAAGGCAAAGCAGAUGAGCAGAAAGCGUCAGAGGAGGAAGGAGGCUCUGAGACCAAAGCGGCGUUGGUUCUUCAGAGUAACUUCAGAGGCCACGAGGAUUGUAAACGACUUGAGGAGGAAGGAAAGAUCCCUGGUUGGAAGACCAGCAAAACUAAUAAUGAUGCAACCUGUGAGAGCCGAGAAGCAAACGUGGAAGCUAUGACUCCAAACAAUGUUGAACUAGGAGUGGCAGAAGAGGCUGUGGAUGUUUCUGACGUUGUGAUAGAACAUAAAGAUUAUGCAGAAAAAGAGAGACGGGAUGAGGAAGAAGAGGCUGCGGUAAAGAUUCAGAGCAACUUUCGAGGCUACAAGGAACGCAAGAAUCUGAAGGUCUACAAGGAAGCGGUACAGGACGAAGCUCAGCAGCUGAAGAGCUUUUCCAAACAGAUCGCAAAGACUUCUCAGAACUUUGUGGCCCUGCAGCAGAAGUUGACAGAGAUUAUCCAGGCCCAUCAAUCAAAUCCACAGAGAAACGGCAUGUUCGUGAAAGGAAAAGCAGUCAACGGCUUCGCUCCUCAGAUUCACAAAUCACCUGACAAGAGGCUGUCCAGGCCACCCCGCCGGACCCUGCAGCCAAAGACCCUCAACACGCCGGAGGACUGCACCUACUACACGCUAAUUCAUCGCUCCAUUCAGGAUGACAAACGCAAGCCCAGAAAAGAAGGUCCAGGUAAGCUGCUGGAUGUGGACGAACAGUACUACCAGGCCUUACCCACCAGCAGGUCUACCCCCACCAUUUUUACUGACAAAGCGUCCUCCAGCGGCAUCCAACGGCGGUGGUCCAUGGAUAGGACAUCCUCUGUGGUGGCCCAACCGGAACCUGUUGUACAAAUAGAGUCCAGCCAGCGAGUAGCCACUGAGACCGAGUCUAAACCUGCCAAAGACACCAGCUCUGUUCUGUCAAACAGGCGCUGCGUUCCCAGAAUUUCCUCUACGGAGAGUCGCUCCGAGGAGAACCCUCACGACUUCAGGCACCUGCUGAGGAAGACCUCCCAAAGACGGAGACUCAUCAGGCAGUACCGAGCACAGGACUGAGUUUUUUUAGGCAGGUUAUACUGACCAACAAUACUUGACUGAUCACAUCUUUGGCCCAAGAUGUCGAUGCUGCACUCAAACACAACAUUUUAGAUACUUGUGAAUAAAAUACAGGUUUUAUUUCAAAACGCCUGGAAAUAAGACAGUGCAGCAGAUAUUCUCUUUCAGGUUGUUGAUAUGCUUCCAAGCUCUAGACAUAUUUUUAAUGUUAAAAAUCUUUGUGUGCAUCCUUAUCUUAUUUAUAAAUAUUACAAAUUCAAAAAAUCCAGCUAUGUCUACUCAUUCAAGACUAACACAGGGUACAUUAAACUGUGAAGACACUG